UAGCUUUUUGCAGCCUGCAAGUUUCCCGCAGAAGAAAAUAGCUGGAAGAAGAGGAAGGAGUGAAUUUCCGCCAGCUUUUCAGACGGGGGGGAACCUUAACUUGGGCUUUGUUUGACAGAAGUUGUCACAGAGGGAAAUGACGCGGAGACCCCAUGGCAAUGGCUUUUAGACCUUUGUUUCUGCGGCAGGCUUAGCACGCUAGUUAUUGUGCUGCGCAGCGUGCCCCGACGGCUCUAUUCCGCGAGGGGGGUCCGUCCCCGCCCUGCGCGCCGCCUUAGAAGGGUGACAGAAGACGGUGACAGUGCGGAGGGUCCCCAAACCUCUCCCGCCCGGAGACUCGCGCAUAACAAGCAAAGGUUGCGGAGGGACACUACCGGGUCAUGGGGCAGGGAAUCGCGGCCCCCUUCUGGAGAAGAGGCGCGCUGCGGGCGGGGGCCGGAGGGAACCGGCGCGAACCGGCGGGAACCGGCGAGAACCCGCGAGAACCCGCAGCAGCCCCGCUCCGCUUCCUUCAGGGAGAGCCCUCCUUCGGAGGCUUUAAGGCGAGCAUUUCCGAUAGGCGGACUUUAAUUCCUGCCCCACAGCCCGUCCCGCGGCCCGCAGCGCCGCCUUUCCUUUAAGCUCCCCUCGCGGAGCUCCGCCCACUACGGGAAGCCGGCGGGCCCCUCUCUUUCCGGCUCUGCUUGGGCUUUCCCGUCCCGUUCUUUCCGUCACCCACCAGGUCUGCUCCCUGACUAUUUGAGGAAUAAAAGACCUCAGCAUAGAAUAAAGAAUGACAACUCUUAUAAGGAAGUUCAUACAUCAGACUGUGAAAACUGGAAUUAACUGCAGUGACAGAUAUUUUACACAGACUGUGCCAAAGGCAGCACUAGCACAAUUUGGGGCUAUCGCUAUUGCCAAAAGAUUACUGCUACCUGCAUAUGCUAAGGCCUUUAGUACUGUUGAUUACACAGAAGAUGAAAUGAACAAGAAAAAAAAGUCAAAACCAACUUUUGGCAAUGUUGGGAGAAAAAUUCAUCACCGAAUUGUUCACCUCCUUGAUAGUAAUGGGAACAGUUUAGGAUCGAUGCAUCGGGCAGAUGUGAUUCGUCUAAUGGAGCAACAAGACAUGAGACUUGUUUUGCGGAAAGCCAACGUAGAUCCUCCAGUGUACCAGUUAAUGACAGGAAAACAGAUACAUGAAGAACAGCUUAGACUUAGAGAGAUAGAAAAGGCUCAAUCAAAAACAGAACGUCCCCAGUUAAAGGAAUUGAUCUUUUCUUCAAAUAUUGCACAACAUGAUUUGGACAACAAAACUAAACAGAUGCAACAGUGGAUUGAGAAAAAAUACAAAGUCCAAAUUACAGUCAAGAAAGGGAAAACAAUAGAUCCAGAAGAUAAUAUGGAGGACCUUUUUAAUAAAAUUCUCAAGAGUAUGCCUGAACUAGCUACCUUUGCAUCCAGGCCCAAAAUCACGAGAGGAGGAAAAGCUGCAACCUGUGUUUUUCGCCACUUGAGCAAUAAGGAAAUGGCUAGAUGUAAGAAAAGUAAAGAUGAAACUCAAGAAACCACGGACGCUCUGAAUAAGGAAAACAAUAAUAAUAUGGAAUCAAAUAUUCUGCAGCAGUGAUAUUUUAAUAAAGAAAAACUAUCAAAGGCAAAAGGAAAAUAAUAUUUUUAAUAAAAAAAAAAAAAAAGCCACAUAGAAAUCUAUAUAUGUGAUGUUUAGCCAAGAGUCAGUGUUGCAACAGUUGAGAGCAUGUUUUCUUCAAAGCAGUCUGAUGAUUUGCCAUUUUUAGGUAA